GUAUGCUUUAUUAACAGAAAAUUAAGUAAUUCGAUUUCACAUUUAAACAAAAAUAAGAGAAUACCAAAGAUUUGCUAAAACAAACACGUCCGUAAAAACUUAAUCAGUUUAGAAAGUUUGCAGAAUUUGCAGUUAUGGCUUCCGUGCAUCCAUCAACCUCUACGAAAGACGCAGUGUGUAAAGGAAAUUAUACAAUCGUUGGACCGGGAACCAUACACUCUCAUCGAGACUACAAUGUGGCUGUCGCCGUGCAUCACACCAAGGAGCCCGUUACCUUGAAGAUUGGUAUUGCGGGACCUUCGUACAACGAGACCCAAACGGUCGAGUUGCCAAAUAGCGAUGAGUUCAAGCAGAUUACCUUCAAGUUGCCUCCUCUAAACUCUGGAGACUAUAACUUAACCGCAGAGGGCGUCUCGGGACUAGAGUUCAAGAGCUCCACGCAGCUUAGUUUGGCAGAGGUUAGACCCUAUGUGAAGUUGCAAACUGAUAAAGCAAAGUAUAAGCCGGGCGACACAGUAAACUAUCGGAUAAUUUUCUUGGAUGAGAACCUAAAGCCUAGCGUGGCCGAGGAUGAUGUAGUUGUACGGUUUGAGGACUCCAACCACAGACGCAUUCAGAAGAUACAGCAUAUCAAGACCCGUUAUGGAGUCUAUACUGGAAAGCUUGAAUUGUCAGAACUUGCUGCUUUGGGCAUAUGGACCCUUUCCGUUAAGAAAGGCAAAGCACAUUUGCAGGAACAGGUCCAAUUUGAAGUGGAGAAAUAUGUUCUCCCUAAGUACACCGUCAAAGUGGAUGCGACGCAGCAUGUGUCGGUCAAGGAUAGCGACAUGCAGGUUGUGGUGAAAGCCAAAUACACCUAUGGCAAACCAGUAAAUGGGAAAGUAUUACUCAAGCUGUAUACGGACGACUUUGGUGGUUGGACCCACCCUAAUCACAGAGAAAUGCAGGGGCACACACUACUCAGGAAUAGUGACAUGGUCAACGGCAUCGCGAAAUUUGAUAUAAACGCGAAAGAAUUAGCUCAACUUUUACAAAAUAAUUUCACGCCACGGAAUAUUAAGAUUUUAGCCACUGUUGAAGAGGUCUUUACGGGCGUUAAACUCAAUGAAAUGGGCGCCUUUCAACUCUAUCACAAUCAGUACAAAAUGAGCUAUGUGAACCCCAGUGAAGAGUCUACUGAGGAUAAAGAACAUGAGUUGGUAUUUAAGAUCACUCAUGUUGAUGGUACGUUGCUAAAGGACAGCAAAACCCCUGUCAGGCUCAAGCUAUCAGAUGGCAUACAUCAUUCUGGAUUUGGCUACCAUUCAGACAGGCCAGCAAUUGAUAAUAAAUCUUUUGAAUUUGAGACCCAUCUCAAUGAAUCUGGUCUGGCUGUUUUUAAGGUUACGCUACCACAGCUAUCAUACGGUGGAAUCAAUUUGCCCCCCUACAUCGCGGUUCUUCAGUUUGAUGGAGAAGAGCAAGAGUUACACAUAACUUAUAACCACAGGAAGCCGACCAAUAUCAGCUUUCUUCCUAAUAAAUUCGGGUGUAAUCAGAUAUGGUUUAAGAUCACAGUGGAGAAACCUACGAACCAAAACAGUCUUAAAAUCGGCGAGGUAUGCCAAGUAACUUUGGACUCUAGCCGCCCGCUCAAGUACUUUGUGUACAACAUCAUUGGACGUGGUAAUGUCCUGCAAACGGAACGAAUCGUGCUGAGUGAGCCACAGACGGUUUAUACGAUCAGCCUAACACCCACAUUCCUUAUGUCACCACACGCCCGCAUCUACGUCUACUACGUGGAUGAGGCCGGUGAAUUCCGCUAUGCCGAAGAAACUUUUAGUGUAGAUGUCGAACUACAGAACCCAAUCGAAAUUACUGCUCCAGAUGAGGUGAAACCAGGCGCAGAUGUUGAGCUAGAAAUCAAAACAGCACCAGCGUCAUUCGUUGGCGUUAUGGCUGUCGAUCAGAGUGCUUUGCUGCUUGGCACCAACAACGACAUCGCCGAGGACUCGGUCUGUUCGCUCCUAGAACGUUAUGAUACAAAGACGCCCUGGCAAGGGGGUUACUCCUACUAUCCCGGUGAAAGAAGCGGCGUGGUGACCAUGACGAAUGCCAACUUUUUCUAUAAUCGCACGGCACCUAUCUACCAUCGAGCCUUCGGUGCCUCCAACAUGCAAGGUUUGGCCUUCUGUUCAAGCAAUAGCAACGAGUUACUAACUUUAGAUCAGUGUAGGGUCCACACAGACCUAGACAAUUUGAUGGGGUUCAGCCGACCAGCAAUUGCUCCACCUGCCCCAAAGGUGCGCAAAAACUUUGUGGAAACGUGGCUAUUCGAGGACAUUGAAAAUACAGAAACGGAGAUUUUCAAGUGGGUCCGAAAAAUCCCCGAUACAAUUACAAGCUGGGUGCUGACGGCGUUUUCACUGCAUCCCGACAAGGGCUUGGGCGUGACCAACGAGCAGCUGAAAAUUAAGACUUUCCAGCCGUUCUUUGUGUCCGUGCGUCUACCAUACUCUGUGAAGCGUGGCGAGGUAAUCAAUGUGCCCGCUCUGGUCUUCAACUACCUGCCCAAGCAGCUGGACGUGGAGGUGACCCUGAACAACGAGGAUAACGAGUACGAUUUUGUGGAUGUGUCCAACGAGGUACUGGGCGAACAGAAGCGCACCCAGACGCUGCGCGUGGGCGCCAAUUCCGCAGCCGGCGCCUCCUUCCUUCUGCGUCCCAAAAUCAUUGGCAGCAUUCUGCUGAAAUUUACGGCCAUUUCUCCUCUUGCCGGAGAUGCAGUGCACAAAACCCUUAAAGUGGUGCCCGAAGGUGUCACGCAAUAUAAGAAUCGGGCAUUCUUCGUCAACUUGAAGGAUGUGCACGAGCACAAGGACAACUUUGAACUAGAUCUGCCGGAGGACCUUGUGCCAGACUCGCAGCAUGUCGAAUUUGGUUUUGUCGGCGAUCUGCUUGGUCCGGUCAUUAAGAAUCUAGAACAGCUGCUGCACUUGCCCAGCGGCUGCGGCGAGCAGACCAUGUCCAAACUUGUGCCCAACUAUUUGGUACAUGAUUAUCUGAAGCACAUGAAGAAACUAACUCCAGAAUUGGAGCAUCGCAUAAAGCGCAAUCUGGAGCAAGGCUACCAGCACAUGUUCCAUUACCGUCACGACGAUGGAAGCUAUAGCUCCUUUGGACCAGGCAAGUGGCGUGAGGAGGAUCCAGAACGCAACGGUUCCACCUGGCUGACGGCCUAUGUGCUGCGCUCCUUUGGCCAGGUGAGGGAUUUGAUAAAGCUGGACGAAAAACAACUGGAGAGCGGCUAUGAGUUCCUACUCAGCCGACAGGCUGAGAACGGAAGCUUCACGGAAGAAGGCGAAUUUUUCUAUGGCUCACAGCGCUCGGCCCUCACGAUGACUGCCAACGUACUUCUGGCUCUACUUGAGCAGCAGAAGCCCAACCAAACGGCCAUCGACAAGGCUGUGGCCUAUCUGAAUGCCCACUCCAAUGAGAAGGAUACGGAAGAUCUAUUGCCCAGGGCUAUUGCUACGUACGCGUUGCAGAAAGCAAAGUCUCCAGAUGCCGCCAAGCAUGUGGCUGCUCUGAAAGCACUUGCCAAGCACGAGGAAGAUCGCACCUGGUGGACGGAAGAUGAUCAAAAAAAAAGGUCUGAAAAAUGUCCACGAUGGUGGUGCUGGAUAAGGAGCCAUGACAUUGAAAUUACCUCAUAUGCACUGCUCUCGUUGCUGGAAUCGGACCUAGAGACUCCCAAUUCGCUGCUGAAUUCGAUUCGCUGGCUGGUGGCACAGCGGAACAGCUUUGGUGGUUUUGCUUCUUCACAGGAUACGGUGGCUGGGCUUCAGGCCCUCAUACAGUUCGCCAAGAAGUCCGGCUACGAGCCAGCUAGGUGGGACGUGUCAGUUUCCAAUCAAGGUCCGCGAGAAAAGACUGAGAAGCUCAGCCUGACGGAAGAUAACGAUUUGCUACUACAAACGGUGGAGUUCCCUCAAGGCACCAAGUCGCUGUCGUACGAGGCCAAGGGAACUGGCGCUGCUCUGCUACAGAUCAGCUACCAGUACAAUGUUGUCGAGAAGGAGCCCAAGCCAAGCUUCAAGAUUCAAGCUAUUAUUAAGCCAGAAUCUCCGCCAGCCAAGCUAGAGCUCAGCGUGUGCGUUGAGUAUGUGGAGGAGGGCAAGGCCAAAGCAUCCAAUAUGGCUAUACUGGAAGUCUCACUACCAUCCGGCUAUACCGUAGAUGAGGACAGUUUCAAGGACAUACAGGAAAUCGAGCGCGUCAGGCUGGUGGAGACCAAAAAUGAAGACUCUGUGGUGGUCAUCUACUUUGAGAGUCUGCCCAAGGGAGAAAUCAAGUGCCUACCUAUCGAGGCGUUCAAGACUCAUGCUGUCGCCAAUCAGAAGCCUGCUCCGAUUGUUCUCUAUGAUUACUACGACACGAACAAGAAAGCAACUGAAUAUUACCAGGUCGAAUCAAAGCUUAGCGACAUUUGUGAUAAUUCCGCCUAAUGCAUCAUAUAUUUU